AUCCAGGGUCUGUUUCGGCUCGUAUCCCCCUCCGCGGAGCUCCGGCAGCCGCGCACUCUUUUCCUUCCACUCCACUCGAGAAGCACCGAGUGUUUCCCACGGCUCGGCCACGAAAACCUCCAGAACCGGCGAACAUUUCCUAAAAAUGAGGAAACGGUUGUGUUAAAGGCGCAUUUAGCGGGAAUUAUGCGUGUUUUAAGGUGGACUAACGAUGUUGGGAUUAAAUCAAAUCAGGCCUCUACUUUUUCUGGAGUCGCUGCACUAAAACUUUUCUCUCGGUGCGGACGCUGUGUUUCCAUCAUGUCAGCGCUCCUCACACGGUUAUGAGUGGUUUUUACCAUCAUAUUUUAACAGUUUGGAGCCUUUCCUGCCACUACUUUGCUGUUUAUGGACUGUUUUCUGGCUGGAGGAGGACUUCUUCCACACCUCAGGAAUUCGACGCCAGAAACUGACGCGUCAGUGAACGCCGCAGCUGCUGCAGCUAACGUCCAGACAUGCCGCAGCUAAACGGAGCGGACGGAGACGACCUGGGAGCAAACGAUGAACUGAUCGCCUUUAAAGACGAAGGGGAGCAGGAGGAGAAGAGGAAUGUGUCCUCUGAACGGGACCUGGACGACGUCAAGUCCUCCCUGGUCAACGAGUCCGAGUCCAGCUCAGACUCGGAGGCAGACAGACGCCCCAAGACCAACCCAGAGCUGGAGAGCAGGGCCAGACACAGUCAUCUGUUUCAGGAAGCUCUGAGGAGGCAGCAGGAUGGAGGUCUCUUCCAGCACUCUCCCUACGUCGGAUACCCCUUCUUCAUGAUCCCAGACCUGGGGAACCUCUGCAGCCCAUACCUCGCCAAUGGAGCCCUACCACCAAGUGCCAGGACGUACCUGCCGUUUCAGUGGCCGCUGCUCGACGUCCCGGGAAGAUCCUCCAUCAGAGACUCUGCCACGCCGACACACCUGUCUAACAACGUGGUGCAGCACCCUCAUAUGACCCACCUCCACCCGCUGCUGUCCUACAGCCCCGAGGCCUUCUCCCCUCAGAGAGCCUCGCCCGGCUUCUCUCCGGACUCAGGUAUGUCGAGGACGCCCUGCUACCCCGUCUCUCCUGGAGGCAUGGCUCAGAUCACACACCCCCUCGGCUGGCUGCAGGGACAGACGAUGUAUCCCAUCGCUGGAGGCUUCUCACCUGCUGCUCUGGCCAUGAACGCCUCCAUGAACAGCCUGGUGUCUGGUAACUUCUCUCCUCGCCUGGUGCCGACGCCGCCGUCGUCCAUCCCUCACCCCGCCAUCGUCCCCACGGGGGUGAAGCAGGAGCCGGCCAGCUGCAGCCAGCCCGGGAAGUCGAUGGUGGACCUCCCUCAGGAGAAGGAGGAGGAGAAGAGGCCUCACAUCAAGAAGCCGCUCAACGCCUUCAUGCUGUACAUGAGGGAGGAGCGGCCCAAAGUGGUCGCUCAGUGCAAAGUGAAGGAGAGCGCCACCAUCAACCAGAUCCUGGGCCAGAGGUGGCAUUCUCUGUCCAAAGAGGAACAGGCCAAAUAUUAUGAACUGGCCCGCAAAGAGAGACUGCUGCACUCCAAGCUGUACCCGGGAUGGUCCGCUAGAGACAACUACGGGAAGAAGAAGAAGAGGAAGAGAGCCAAGAGUGAAACUCAGUUUGAUGAGCUGGAGCAGGACGUCCCGCUGCAGCUGAAGCGUCCUCGUGUCCCUGAGGAGACGCCUCACACACACACUCUGCCCCCACAGACUGCACACACACACCCCCGCUCCCACCUGUCCCAGCCGCACACUGUCUCCCACCUGACGCACACACACCUGUCCCAGGCCAGCCCCGCCUCCUCGCUGGACUCCCCGGCCACACCCACCACCGCGCUGGCCUCGCCCGCCGCCCCGGCGCCGACGCACACCGAGCACACACACUCCUCGUCGUCGUACGGCGGCCACACGUCUCCGUACGGCGAGCAGCUGCAGCCGCUGUCCCUCACCACCAAACCUCACCGGACCGCCGUCCCGCUGAGCCGCAGCGCCGCCACGCCGGGGCCCGCCACACCCACGUCCUCCUGCGACACGCCCACGCCCUCGCCCCACGCCGCCGCCUCCCGCUGCUCGCCCCCUCCCCCGCCCUUCCUGGUCCCGCCUCCUACCUCGGCUCACCAAUCAGCGGCGAGCGCCCACGGUGCCUUCAGCCACGCCUUCGCCCUCAGACGAGCCAAUCAGCUGUGAGCUGAGAAGAAACACACGUGGCCAUGAUUUGUACCUCUUUUUUAACGCUGUAAAUAAGCUUUUUUUUUUUUUUUUUUUUUACUUUUUAUAGAUGUAUCACGUUUUAUAUUAGUAUGAAAAAGACAAUUAAUUGGUCAAUAUUUGACUGCAUCUCUAACUUUUUUUUUCUCACUUUUUCUAAUGAACGAUCAGUUUGUUGUGAUUAAAAAGCGCGGUGUGGCACUGGG